AUGGACGGAGCUCCUAGAGGUCGUGGCGCGAGAGGGCGCGGUGCUAGAGGUCGUGGCGGCAGAGUUGGCCGUGGCGGCAGAGCUGGUGGUAGAGCUGGAGGUCGAGCAGGCCGAGGUCGUGGUCGUGGACUUCCGGAGGAGUCGGGAGAGAGUGCGGCACCGAGUGUGCAUACUGCGUCGGUGACCCAGUCAGUUCCGUUGGCGGGUGAUGCCAGUGCGAGUGUUGGUAUGGGAGCGGGGGCUGCUCCGGGUGGGGGUGGCGCUCCGGCUCCGGGUCAUGAUGACUUAGUGGUGGGUUUGCUGACGCAGCUGUUGGCUCGUUUUCCGCCGGUGGUUCCACAGGGGGCUCCAGGAGUACCGCCAGUGGCAGAGGUGCAGCAUGUUGCUGCAGGCGUUGCGCAGCCGGAGGCUGUGGAUGCGGGUGUGACCAGUUAUUUGGAGUUUAUGGGCCACAUGCAGAAGAUUGGUACGCCUUUCUUCGAGGGUAGAGUUGGUCCAGAGGAGGCAGACGCGUGGCGUCAGAGAGUGGAGCGGAACUUUCAUUCGAUCCGUUGUCCGAUAGAGUACUGGGUGGAGUUAGCGGUCCACUAUUUGAGUGGCGAUGCUCAUUUGUGGUGGCAGGCCGCGGUGGGCCGGAGGGCAUUUUGGACUUGGGGCGACUUCCUUGUGGAGUUCAACGCCAAGUAUUUCCCGAGGCAGGCUCGUGAUCGUCUUCAGAUGCGGUUUAUGGGCAUUGAGCAGGGUUCGCGUUCUGUACGCGAGUAUGAUGAGGAGUUCAGCCGUCUGUUAGUGCAUGCGGGCUUUGGUAUGGAGUCUGAGCAUCAGUUGACGAACAGAUUUCUGGAGGGACUUCGCAAGGAUAUUCGGACUCUAUGCAGGAGUAGUAUGCACACUUCGAGGGCGAGUCUGGUAGAGUUGGCCGCGUCGGUUGAGGCGGAUCUUGGUGGGCCAGUUGGUCCGGUGGCUGUGCCGUCAGCAGUUGCUUCUGCUACCCAGCCUCGGGGUCAGCAUCAGCAGCCGCGACAGCAGCAGCAGCAGCAGCGCAGAGGUGGUUCGAGUUUCAGUUCUGGUUCUGGCAGGGGCGGUUUGCCUGCGCAGGGUCAGAAGAGGAGUAGAGAGGAGUUUUCUGGUGCUAGUCAGUUUCCUCGUGGUUCCUGUUUUGGGUGUGGGAGCACGGAGCAUCGUGUUUCGAGUUGUCCCAAGAGAGAGUCAGCACCGAGAUUGUGCUACUACUGCAAGGAGCCUGGGCAUAUCAAGCCCAUGUGUCCUAAGUUGCGGAGUAUGUCGGUGGCUUCGGUUCAGCCAGUAGCGGCUCAGCCAGUGAGUCAGAUCGCAGCAGUGCAGCCGUUGGGUCAGAUUGCACCGGCGUCGCGGGGUUACUCUUCGGUGGAGACUGGCGGGACUAGUCAGACCGGACAGAUCACAGGGACCUUGUUAGUGGGCGGUUUUGAGUCCCACGUUUUAUUCGACUCUGGAGCAUCGAAUUGCUUCAUUACACCGGAGCGUGCCGAGAAGAGUGGCAUCCGGAGUAGCGCGGGCGAGAGCGCGGGCAUGGUCAAGGUGGCGGGAGGUGGAUUCUUGUCUACUUUGGGCCGUGCUAGAGGAGUCGAGAUCGAGAUUGCGGGGCAGUCAAUGCCAGCAGACUUAGUCAUCAGUCCGGUGGAGCUGUAUGACGUUAUUCUCGGGAUGGACUGGUUGUCACACUACAGAGUUCAUCUGGAUUGCUACAGAGGUAGAGUGGUCUUCGAGCGAGAUGCAGGGAGGUUGGUUUAUCAGGGAGUGAGACCGACUUCCGGGAGUAUUGUGAUAUCUGCUAUUCAGGCCGAGCAGUUGUUAGUGCGGGGCUGUGAGGCGUAUCUGGCGACGAUUUCUAUGUCUGAGUCAGGAGCUGGAGUUGUUAUGGGAGAUAUUGAGGUUGUCCAGGAUUUUGAGGAUGUCUUUCAGUCACUGAAGGGAUUACCACCAUCUCGGUCUGAUCCUUUCACGAUUGAGUUAGAGCCGGGGACAGCACCGAUAUCGAAGACGCCUUACAGGAUGGCGCCAGCUGAGUUGGCAGAGCUGAAGAAGCAGAUAGAGGACCUUUUGUCUAAGGGGUUCAUUCGACCAAGUGUUUCACCGUGGGGAGCACCGGUGUUGUUUGUGAAGAAGAAGGAUGGCAGUUUCAGACUUUGUAUCGAUUACAGAGGUCUUAACCGAGUCACUGUGAAGAACAGGUACCCACUCCCGAGGAUUGAUGAGUUACUGGAUCAGUUGAGGGGUGCUACUUGGUUCUCCAAGAUUGACUUGGCAUCGGGGUAUCAUCAGAUCCCGAUAGAUGAGGCAGAUGUCAGGAAGACUGCUUUCAGGACGCGUUAUGGGCAUUUUGAGUUUGUGGUUAUGCCUUUCGGUUUGACUAACGCGCCGGCAGCCUUCAUGAGAUUGAUGAACGACGUGUUCAGGGAGUAUUUGGAUGUGUUCGUCAUCAUUUUCAUUGAUGAUAUUCUGGUAUACUCGAGGAGUCAGGAGGAGCAUGCGACUCACUUGAGGUUGGUUCUGGAGAAAGCUUCGGGAGCAGAAGCUUUUUGCUAA